AUGAGUGACUAUGUCAACCCCAAUUUGCCUAUAAAAUCUACAGAGGCAAGAGUAGGUCGAAAUAACCAGAGGUACAAUGACGAAACAGGGGCAAGAAUAGUUGCAGGUUGUGUUUGUUUAAACGAGACAAAGGAUAAGAUUAUAAUGAUUACGUCUUCGAAAAAUAAGGGGAAAUGGAUUUUACCCAAGGGAGGCAAUGAAUUGGACGAGCUGUUGAUAGAAACAGCUGUUAGAGAAACAUGGGAGGAAGCAGGUAUUGAAGGUAUGGUUGUUAAGAAACUACCUGUCGUUUUAGAUUCAAGAGGGUCAAAAGCGCCAGUUAUCAAAGGGGAAUUCGACAAGAUUAUUCCAAAAAGCGAAUUUCAUUUUUUUGAGUUACUGGUUAAUCAAUUGAGUAUGGAGUGGCCCGAGGUCAAAAAGAGACAAAGAAGAUGGUGUACGUAUUCAGAAGCAAAACACGAAUUAGUCAAACUGAAGAGACCUGAACUUGUGAGUGUCUUGGAUCUGAGCUCUAUUGUAAGAGAUACAAAUGACGAAAACAAGGAUAAUUAUUGA